ACUGCAAUAGUUUUGGUGGGUUUAGGCCGAUCUCAAGAAAAUCCUCUAAUUGAUCCUUACAGCUCGUGCAUUAUGUUUUCAUUUCUACGUAGAACCGUCAACGUAGUUGGUGAAUCCAGCUUGAAAGCUCUUCGCAUGGACGGCCUUCAAGGCUGGCAGAAAGAAUUACCCAUGUUCACCAUGAAUACGUCUAAGGAUCUACAACAAUGGGUUAUAGGCUGCGACAAGGAUAUUGGAGGGUUUUCUGAAGCCAAACUCGAAAUUACACCAGAAGGCGUUGGCAAAUUUUCGGGCAAUUUGUCGUUGGAGUUGCCAGCAAACACUGAAAUACAACAAAGUGGGUAUGCAGCAAUAAGGUCCAAAGUACGACCUUCCUCUAUGUUUGGUACUCCUUGUUUUGAUACCACUCUGUUCCGGUACCUUGCCCUGCGAGUGCGAGGCGAUCACCGAAAAUACUUUGUAAAUAUUCAAACGGAUGGCGUUAUUCAAACCGAUUUAUACCAACAUCGAUUGUUUUUGCGGAAUCCGGGUGAAUGGCAAACAGUGAUGAUACCAUUUAGGGACUUUGUCCUGACCAACAAUGGCAUGAUACAGGAAGACCAAAUCGAGAUGAUGAGAGAAAGAGUGAAAACAGUGGGGAUAUCCAUCACUGAUCGAGAAGAUGGCCCAUUUGAAAUUGAGCUCGAUUGGAUUAAGGCGAUGAACACCGAAACGACGGAAGGCGACAUGGACAGACGACCGAGAGAAACCACUGAAGACGAAGUUGAUUUCACCAAAAGUACACAUUAAGUAGUAGUAGUCAAUCAUGAUAGAUAAGUAGUCAAUCAUAACCAACCAAAGUGAAAAAUAGAAUGUCCGUUUAUUUUUAAACUAUCAAUGGGAAAACCUUGUUGG